GAGAUCCGAGAACAUGCAUUGUGCAGACUCAAGGGGAAGACUCUUUUCGAUGGUGAGGGACGAAUCUUCAACGGUGCGCAAGUGGGUCUUCAUAGGGCUGACUUAGUCACGCUUUGUGGCUUGGCUGCCGUGGCUGAGGAAAAGGAGGGCGCUACGUCAUGCCUCACAUUCUACAAUAUCAGCAUCGACUAUGUCUACUUUUGACAAGCUCUUCGCAAAGGGUAAGGCUAAGGUGAAGGAGUUUCAGGCUCAACACCAAGGAGGGCAGUCACAGCACCAACAAGGCUAUCCGGGGCAACAACCACAACAAGGUUACCCGCAACAGCCGCAGCAGGGCUACAACCAGCAACAACAGUACUCGCAAGCGCAAUACUCUGGUAGCCAAUAUCCUCCACAGCAAUAUCCUUCCCAAAACCAGUACCAGCAGCAGUACCAACAACCUCAACAGCAGCAAUGGGGUGGUCCACCAAAUCAAUGGCAGCCGCAGCAACAACAGAAUUGGGGCCCACCACCACCUCAGCAGAAGCAGGGCUUUGCACCGCCUAUCCCACAGAAUAAGCCGCAUUCUCCGGCGCCUCCUAUUCCACAGAACCGCCCUACAUCUUCGCAACCUCCACCACCGCAAAACAUCCCACCGCCCUAUAGCGAGAAGGUGUACUGGAAGCCGUCCUUCGAUGCAGCAACACCUGUCUCUCAGAACUUCAGGCACGAGCUGGGCGAUCACGGCUGGGGCAACGACGAGAAGCAGAACUACACCGACUCGCUCUCAAACUCCUUCCACCACGACAACCGCCUCGUUGUGCGCGGUCUCGUUCAAAACGGCAGCUACACGUCUGCAAGAUUGACGUCUCAUCAGACGUUAUCUAGGCCAAGAGGCUACAUCGAAGCCACCACCCUCCCACCCAGCGCCCCUGGCAUCUGGCCUGCGUACUGGAUGCUCCCCUGUGAGCCGUUCAACUGGCCCGGCGACGGCGAGGUGGAUAUCAUGGAGAAUUGGAACGACGAGAAAACGAACCACUCGUGCUUACACUGGGGUCACUACAACGGCGGAGAUGCGCAGAAGCAUAGGGUGGUGCAGACGCCACUGCCAGAUCUCACGACGAAGCCGCAUACGUAUGGCUUUGCGUGGAUCGAGGAGGAAGGCAUUCCAGAGUGGCGAGGCAGGCUAAUUUGGUAUAUCGACGGCAGACCGGUGAUGAAGGGCAACAUUCCGGCAGGCUCAAGGCGCAUGGAAGACUACAGGAUACUCAUCAAUAUUGCCAUGGGUGGAACUUGCAACAAGGGCAAGCUGCCAAAUGAUGGUUACUACGAUUUGGUUGUCAGCGACCUAAAGAUGUGCGAAGAGCCGGUUGGAGGCUGGCAGGCCUUCGAGCAAGCGUGGAAUUCUACACCUGAGGGUAAAGUCAUGUAGAAGCCAGAGAUGCAGUACCAACCAUCACAUGCAUCUCGAUUUCAUUUCACCAAAUUCGUCCUCAAAUGGGUCCGUCGAGUAUGUCAGUAAUGUGCGCUUCCCGAAUUGACUGGGUGUUCGAACUGAGAGGUACACCAAUCAGGCUCCAACAGUAGCCACCUCAGUGCGAGAUGCAUGAGGCGGAUCAGGGUCUUCGCGUUUGUUCAAUGCUGUAUAGGCUGCGUGCACGUCGUUGACCGGGAUCUAGCAGAUUGGAAGCAUAGCGCGAUCGAGGCCACACAGGACAGCUUGGAAAAAAAAAACAUCUUGGGC